AUGGCGAACCUGACGGGCUUGUCCAGCCAGACAGGAUUUCCCUUGGAUUUGGCGGUCCAGAAAUGGCAAGCCAGCAUCUCCGUCGUCCUGAUCUCGCUGUUCGCACUCUUCCUCAAGAUCACAUGGCAGCCGGCGUUUCCCAAGUCUGCCCCAAAACUGGUCAGGGAAUGGCCCAUCCUCGGCGCGCUGGCGCUGUACGGGCGGCGCAAGGCCUUCUUCGACAAGGCUGUCAGCAAGUCGCCGUCGGGUAAUUUCAGUACCUAUAUGGGCAAGUUUCAGGUCGUUGGUGUGUCGGGACCCGAGGCCAGACAGUCUUUCUUCGACAGCAAGGACUUGAGCAUGAACGAAGGCUACUCCACACUAUUCACAGCGAGCCCUGACGUGGGCGGGGUGAGGGACCAGAAGGAGUUGGCCGAGAGUCAUGGCGCAUGGAUGGUCCGGAACAUGACCAAGGUCGUCUCGCGGGAGACCCUCCUGAAGUGUUUACCGUUCCUCGUCUCGGACGCGACAUCUGCAUACGAGCGCCUGUUGCUACAGCAGCAGGAUAAUGACGAUGACGACAAGAGCGCCAAGGGCAAGAAGAGCAUCAUUGACCCUGCCGUGGUCAACUACGAUCUCGUCUACCAGCUCACCAUGCGGACAGUGGGGGCUGUCGAGAUCGCCAACGACCCAGCCCUCUCCGCCAAGACGCUGAAGCUCUUCGAGGAGGUCGAGCGGAAUGCCAGUACCAUGCGCAUCAUUUUCCCUUGGCUUCCUACGCUGGGCUGGCUGAGACAGAUGUAUGCUGGCGCGCGGCUGUAUGGGAUUUUCGAUAGUAUCGCAAAGGCUAGAAAAGCAGAGGGGAGGAGGGAGGAGGAUACUAUGCAGGUUUUCUUGGAUGCGGAUACAGAUAUGGUGAAACUGACUACUUUCAUCGUUGGUUCGCUAUUUGCGGGGCAGGUCAACACCGGUGUCAACGCCGGCUGGAUCAUCAUCUACCUCGCGACCAAUCGCGAGUGGUACCAGCGCGUGCAGGCCGAGGUCGACGCCUCGCUACAGAGACACCGGACAUCGCCCUCGCAGACCCCUCAGGAGAUAUUGGCAACUCUCAGCCUGGAGGACUGGGAGACGGAAUUCCCCUUGAUCGAUCUCUCGCUCCGUGAGAGUAUCCGUUUGUCCACGGUGGGCGUCAUGUUCCGGCGCAAUAUCGGGGCUGGUGAUUUGCCCAUCAGCAAGAAGUCGGGCGAGGUCGUGCCGCGGGGCGCUUUCGCCAUCUACGCUGUCGAUGACGUUCAUAUGAACCCAGAUGUGUACUCGGCUCCUGAGAAAUUCGACCCGGGCCGCUACCUGCCAGGGCGUGCGGAGGACAAGAAGACCACGCAUGCGUACCUUGGCUGGGGCGCGGGACGGCAUCCGUGCAUCGGCAUGCGGUUCGCCAAGCUGGAGGUGGCCAUCGUCACCGCCUUCUUCUUUGCGCUGUUCGACUUCGAGCUGGUCGACGCUGAGGGUAACGUGCUGGAUGAACCACCGCCGGUCGAUCGACAGGCGUUCUCGGUGCCGAGGCCUGUCGAUGUAACGAGGCUAAGGUAUACCGCGCGACAGAAGAUGAGUAACUGA